UAAAGUGGGGUAUUUUGGAAACCAUGGGGUUAAUUAAAACUUCAGAAAUAAAAUAUUUAAGAACUGAUAUUUUAUUUUUUUCUACCAAUAGAAUAUUAUUUUUAUCAUCUGGCAACACUAAUACUAAAGCAGUAGUACGAGACAAAAUUUUGAGGUUAUAAACGCAUUGCGUGUGUCGCAAAAUGAUUGUUUAAAAAAAGUAAAAAAUUGUGCUAAAUUUAUGGGUGUCUUACUUUUGUUUAUUUACAACAAAAUUUUGGAGUUUUAAAACCAUGGUUCGAACAUACACUAGAAAAUAUUCAAAUAUAAGAAAUGGAAAGUCACAUUUACUGUAUCAGAACUACCAACCGGAAAACUUACAAGCCGCCAUCAAUAGUGUAAAAGAAGGAAGAAUGAGUCUUACAGAUGCAGCGAAUACGUACGGUGUGCCAAAGAGUACCCUGAGUAGAAAAACUAGGAAUAUCAACUGCUCGCAAGAGAAGGCUGGUCAUCCGACCUUAUUUUCACCUGAAGAGGAGAGAAUUUUUGUUAAAUUUAUUUUAGUAGUAGGCGAGUGGGGCUUUCCAUUUGAUUCGACUGAUCUCCGUAUUUUUGCCCAGAAAUACCUUAAUAAGAUUGGUAAAAAAGUAUAUGGGCUUAAAGACAAUAUGCCCGGGGUGGAUUGGGCCCGUAAUUUUCUUUUAAGAUAUAAGUCACAAAUUUCAAAUCGCAAAUCUGCAAAUAUUUCUAGUGAUCGAGCAAGAUUUACGCCACAAGAUAUAGAUGCCUUUUUUGAAAAUUAUGGAAAAAUAGUUGAAGGUGUUGCUGAAGAUUGUAUAAUUAACUAUGACGAAACUAAUUUGACGGAUGACCCCGGAAAUAAAAAUUAUAUAUAUAAAAGAGGGUGCAAAUAUCCAGAAAAUAUAUUAUAAAAGUACUGAUUUUUUUAUUUUUUGUGUUGACUUCCCCUUAAAUUAUUCCAAAUAUAUCCUACAUUUGCCAACUAAAGUUCCAACGAAUGACUAUACUAAUUCCAAAUAUCCCCAAAUAUAGUGGCACUCUAUUCAUAUGGUAAACUUUCAUUCGGAAAGUAACUGGAUUGUAACAACGUAAAAGAACAAGAGCUCUAUUAUUUUAAAAGGUCAUUUACCGUAUCGUAAUUCCGAAUAUCGCUUAACUUGCUCAAAUCAAAAGUUUCCAAAAUCUUUUGAAACAAAAGAACAAUCUGUAUCAAAUUCCAAAAAAUCCCCAUGUUGCGAUAAUUGGAACAGCACUUUUAAAAAAUAAUAUCUUUGGUAUUUUAAUCCUUAUAGGGUUGGCAGUGCUAGCCAGUGGUAUAUCACUGUAGAAUCUGUCAAAAACAAAUAUCAAAAUAGGAUUAGAUGUACAUACUUCGUUACAAUAUAUUUUUUUCGAUAAAUUUUGUACCAAAUAACCCCACUUUACGGUAA